CCAUCAGCGUGGGAUCAGACCAGAAGAAAUUCUGACUUAUCAGAGCUCAAACUCCCAAACGGACGUUUGAAAGAGUGAGAACAAAGAAAUAAGCGAAAUAAAAGGAGACGCAGCAUCACUGCGUUCCAGUCUGGUUCAUACGGGCCAGAAAGUGAAACUGAAUAAGCUGUUGGUGAAAACAUUCUUCUUUAAAAACCUUCUGGAAAAGUGAGAUGGAGAAUCUGUCUGUCUACCAUGGGCCCAUCGGCAAGAAGGAGGGGGAACGGCGUCUGGCUCUGGAUGGACGCGACGGAUGCUACUUGAUCCGAAACAGUGACUCUGUGCCUGACGUCUACUGCCUGUGUGUGCUGUGUAAAGGAACUGUCUACACGUAUAGACUCCACAAGUAUGGCGGAUGCUCAUGGGCUGCAGAGACCAUUCCUGGUGUGCAGAAACGAUAUUUCCGUCAAAUCAAGAACUUGAUAGCAGCUUUCCAGCAGCCUGACCAAGGAAUUGCCAUGCGUCUGCUGUACCCUGUCACUGCCCAGGGACGGGCGUAGACACCCACAGUGGUGCAGAAACCCAGUAAUGGCCUGUCACCGGCAACACCACCCGGGCGCUCGCCUGCAGCAGUUGUGUGCUGCUCAGGGACUGAAAAAUGGGAACAAAAAUGUGCUGCGAGCUCUUAGAGACAAACCUCACACUCGGCAUUGAUCUAAUUAGACCAUCCAACUCAAGGCUUUUUUUAAACAGCCUUUUAGUUGCAUCCGUGAGAGGUACAGACUGUAUAGUUAAGCAGUGGCAUCAUUACGUCUAUUUUAGGUGGGCUGAAUAUAAAAUAUUCAUAAGCCCCCUAAAUAAUUUUCGUGUUGUUUUAUAUAAUAAUUGUAUAUGCAUUAUCAGUCAAAAGUUUGGAGACACUUUAUAAGGUUACUGUAAGAGAAAGUGUCCCUAAACAUUUGACUGUCAGUGUGUCAAUAUAUCAAUCUGUGUGUGUAUCUAAAAUACAUAUAUACUGUAUGUAUAAUCAUAUAUUUUCAACAAUUUUCAGUGGUUUGCAGGUCUGUUUAAAUGUUCUGAUGUAAUGUAAAGUAUGCAUGUCCUGCAAGUUACACGCAACAUACAGUACAUGUCAUACCAGACCUGCAUUGAUUAAACGAUAUUGGAUGAAAUUAACACACACACACAUGUAAGUGUGUGUAUGGG